CGAAAGCAAUGUUUGAGGGUAAGUGACUGAGGCUAACAGCGGCUGCGUUUUCUGCAGGUUGGUGGUAUAGAUUCACAACGUUAAACGACUAUGGCCACAUGAUUUUGCAUCUACUACAUGAUGUACAUAUUUUAAAGACGUGGGCUGUACGUUUUUAUCAUUGCAUUUUAGUUUUUCUGCGUCAGUUGUCUGUUUAGUUACGACUGUAAACGUUUGAUUACAUGAACGUUUGCCUUACUUUUCUCAUGUACUCUGGCAGCUGACGAAAGCCUCAAAUUUAUCAACUUAAAAGUAUUUUCUCGUCAGUCACAAGUAACGUAAGGGCAGCUACAGCAAAUAAAACAGUACACUUUAGUAUACGCGUGGAUAUGUCAGGAUCUAACCGAGGACAGGCAAGCGCGGCCAGCGGCAUCCACAACCAAGAAAAUAUGCUGUCAAGACUGAGGGGCUCCCUUAAGUCCCGAAAUGCUGCUAAUCACGGCGCUUCCAACGAGAAUCAGGAAAACCUUCCACCCAAACAGGCGCCCAACAGAACGGUACUGGGUCAGCUGCAGACAAACAACCAACGUGGGAAAAGUCAGAACAAGCGCGGCUCAAAGCAGGAGAUAUCUCAGGCCCAGCCCAGCAAAAAUGAUGACUUUGGCAAAAGCUGCAACGAGAAGCCUGCUGCUAAGCAGCCAUCGUUUCAGAUCCACGUGGAUGAGCUUGAUGUUCCCUGCACAAAAAAGGCCGAACAGGUGGUCAAAUCAGUCAAAACGGAGGAGGUCACUGAAAUGUCGCCGUUGCCUGUCGACAACACCGUGGCCCGGCUCAGGCAGCCCCUGGCUCCCAUUGAUGUUCCAUCAGCAAUGGAUGUCAGCACUGACUCGCCAAUGGACAUGUCUGUGGUUGAGGGGGAGGAGAAACCCGUCAAUGUAAAUGACAUCCCUGAAUAUGCUGCUGAAAUCCACGCAUACCUGAGGGAACUGGAGAUGAGAACCAGGCCUAAAGCUGGUUACAUGAAAAAACAGCCAGAUAUUACCAACAGCAUGAGGGCAAUCCUGGUGGACUGGCUGGUUGAAGUUGGAGAAGAGUACAAGCUCCAGAAUGAGACUCUUUAUCUGGCUGUAAACUACAUUGACCGGUUCCUGUCUUCCAUGUCUGUCCUGAGAGGGAAGCUUCAACUUGUGGGGACAGCUGCUAUGCUGCUAGCUUCAAAAUUUGAAGAGAUCUACCCUCCAGAUGUGGCUGAGUUUGUUUACAUCACAGAUGACACCUACACAAAGAAGCAGGUCUUAAGGAUGGAGCAUCUGGUGCUCAAAGUGCUCUCCUUUGAUCUGGCUGCACCAACCAUUAGCCAGUUUCUCACCCAGUACUUCCUCCACCACUCUGUUAGCAAACAGGUGGAGAGCUUGGCCAUGUACCUUGGAGAGCUCAGUCUAAUUGACUCAGAUCCUUUCCUAAAGUACCUGCCAUCACAGACUGCAGCUUCAGCCUACAUCCUGGCCUUCCACACAAUAAGUGGUGGUAUGUGGCCAUUAUCCUUGGUGGAGAAAACUGGUUAUUCCCUAGAAGAACUGUUGCCUUGUGUUGAAGAUCUUCAUCGCAUAUACCUCGGUGCUCCUCAGCAUGCGCAGCAGUCUGUCCAGGAGAAGUACAAGGGCCCAAAAUACCAUAGUGUUUCUUCUAUUGAAGCUCCAGCUGAACUGAACUUGUCAGCCUCAUCUGUCUAGUCUCUUUCUGUCACUCUUUUGUGUUUUUUUUUUUUUUUCUAAAUGUGUACCACUUUGAAUUAUUAGCCUGCUCUUUUCGGAGUAGUGCCUAGAUGCUUACUUUUAAUGGUAUUUUUAUACUCAAACCCAAGGCCAGUGGCUAAAGUUGUCAGCCAAUCAAGCAGUUUUAUUGUUGAAAUCACAGACGGAAUUUAGAGGUUUUACCAGAUACUUUGAUCUGCAUUGUCUCACCACAUGGCUAAAUGUAUUCCUUCACAGAGACUGAUUUAAGAUUUUCCACCCAUGGGGUUUUUUUUUUUGUUUGUUUUUUUUUAACCAGCUGUUUGCUGCUUAGCCUUCAUCCAAAAGGUGACACAAUAGCUGAGGUUUUUGAAGUGGGGAUGUGAAGUCCUGUGACCUACAUGUUUGGCCUCAUGAAAUGCAGAUUAAAGUGUGUUUUUGUCUGUCAUGGAGUCAGCAGUCUCAUUAUCUGUCUUGAAAGUUGACAGCCUUUCAAGGUUUCUACUGCACUGUACAAUAUGGCUCUUGUAAAUAAAAAUCGUUUAACGUAAA